AUGGGUUCGAGCUGCGGCCGCGUCUGCUGGAAGUGGCGGUCUCCCCUCCGGCGCCUCGCGGGUUUCAGCAGGCUGCUUUCUACAGCUGCUCUUGCUCCUCAGAUAUGUGUUGUGGGGAGUGGACCUGCUGGGUUUUACACCGCCCAGCACCUCCUGAAGCACCACAGACUGGCCCGGGUGGAUAUUUAUGAGAAGCUGCCAGUUCCCUUCGGCCUUGUUCGUUUUGGAGUGGCACCAGACCACCCUGAAGUCAAAAACGUAAUCAACACGUUUACUCAGACGGCGCAUUCCGAUCGCUGUUCCUAUUAUGGGAAUGUCACUAUCGGGAAGGAUGUGACGGUGAAGGAGUUGCAGCAGGCUUAUCACGCGGUGGUUCUGAGCUAUGGUGCUGAGGAUAACCGGAUCCUUGGAAUCCCAGGGGAGAACCUCUCGGGGGUUUAUUCAGCAAGAGCGUUUGUGGGCUGGUACAAUGGACUGCCUGAGAACAGAGAUCUGAAGCCCGAUCUAAGCAGCGAGACAGCCGUGGUCCUGGGGCAGGGGAAUGUAGCUCUGGAUGUUGCCCGAGUUCUGCUGUCUCCACUCGAUAUACUCAGGAAGACUGAUAUCACUGAAGGCUCCUUGGCAGCCAUAGCCUGCAGUAAGGUCAAGCGAGUGUGGCUUGUUGGGAGGAGGGGGCCCCUCCAGGUAGCUUUCACCAUAAAGGAGUUGCGGGAGAUGAUAAACCUGCCUGGUACCAGACCUCUCCUGGCCCCUGCUGACUUUACAGGCCUUGGCGAUGUUAUUAAAGAUGUUCCCAGACCCAGGAAGCGUCUGACCGAGCUGAUGGUCAAAUCGGCCCUGGAGAAACCUGGUGAGAAAGAGGCCGGUCGUUGGGCAUCAGCAACCAAAGAGUGGGGCUUGAAAUUCCAGCGCAGCCCGCUGGAGGUACUGUCCGCUGCUGACGGGAAGCAAGCAAGAGGCAUCCGAAUAGCCGUCACCAGGCUGGAGGGUUCAGGCGAGUCUGCCAGAGCUGUCCCCACUGGAGAAGUGGAGGAGCUUGAAUGUGGGCUGAUCCUCAGCAGCAUUGGCUACCGGAGCCUCCCACUUGACUCGGCUAUACCAUUUGACCCCAAACUGGGGAUCAUCCCCAACAGCCUGGGCAGGGUUCAGGGGGAACCAGGUCUGUACUGCAGCGGCUGGGUGAAGAGGGGACCCACAGGGGUGAUUAUCACCACCAUGAACGAUAGCUUUGACACAGCCCAGUCCGUGCUAGAAGAUCUCCAGACGGGGGUGCUGAACCUUUCAAGCUCCAAGGAAGGCUUCAAGGCUGUGAGGAGCAUCCUGCACAGUCAAGGGGUCCAUCCAGUUACCUUCUCAGACUGGGAGAAGAUAGAUGCUGCUGAAGUGGCAAGAGGCAAGCUGGCUGGCAAACCUCGGGAGAAGAUAGUGGAUCCUCAGGAGAUGCUGCAGUUGAUCAAUCACUGAAGAUGCCGAUGCACAGCCCUCUGGGUCUGAGAAAGUGACAGAUCCACAAUGUAUCCCCUGCAUCGCCUCAGCAAGUUCCAUUCGCUGCUGGCCAUGCCUGCCAUGGAGGAUUGGCACAGUCAGAACUGAUUGCUGUUCUUGGAUGCAUGGGAGAAGGUGGGUGGCUCCAGAGGCCUGUGGAGCUGU